CAGAACAUCGUAUUUUGUUCUCAUGGCUGUGUCCCACGCGAACGUAGUAAUAGGGAAGGAAAUGGAGAGAGUUCAUCAGCAGCCUUCGACUACGAGAAGAACGGAGAGGAAAAUCACUGAGAAGAACCGGAGGAAUCGGAUGAAGCAUCUCUACUCUGUCCUCAACUCCCUCCUCCCCACUCAGCCUUCUGAUCAGGAAGCGAAAUCACUGCCUGACCAAAUAGAUGAUGCCAUAAGAUACAUAAAAGGCCUAGAGACAGCAGCGAAGGAAGCCAAGGACAAGAAAGAAAACCUAAUGGGCAAGAAGAGACCGACCUCGAGCUCGUGCACAAGCAGCAGCACGUCCGCAGCCAUUAAAUCGCCCCAGAUCGAAAUCAGAGUGAGAGAUUCUUCUCUGGUGGUAAUAUUGACUAGCGGGCUACAUGAUCAGUUCAUCUUUUCGGAGAUUCUCCGGAUGCUCCACGAGGAAAAGGUCGAGGUGCUGAACGCCAACUUCUCCGUUGUCGGGAACUCGUCUUACCACUUAGUGCAUGCAAAGAUUGAUGAGUCUGGUUUAGGCGCUGCGACGAUAUCCGAACGGCUGACAACAUUCGUGAGCGGAUCACCAACCGAUGGAGGUCACGAAGAAUUUUAUCCAAAGUUAUGGGACUGUGGACUAAGCCCUAACAUAUGCAAUUUCUAAAACCAACAUAU